AUGAGACAGAUCCUGGGUAAGAUGACUUUAGGGCCGCUGGUCAAUCCUUCCAAGUUUGGCUGUGACGGCAAAGCCAUCAACACCAUUCACUGCUUCACGGCCAUUCUCAAUCAGACUCAAUACUCCACCAACUCGAACUGUGUGGGGUCACAUGUACCUCCCAUCAGGGAAGUGUUCGACUUCAUCCUCAGCCUCGAAGCAGAGGACCACUACGCGAAUGGCAACUUCGGUGAAUUGAACCGUACCUUUCCUUUCAAAGUCCUAAAGGCCUAUUUCAAGAAGCAUUUUCGCCACAACACGUUGCCGGUCAUCACUCGACCUCGGCGCGGCAAGCAGCUCAACACUUACCUACGAGACCUACAGUACCGCUUCCGUGUGAAGUCUACCGCCCCGAGCAACAUGUAUCAAGGAACCAUUAUUAAGGAUAUUUUGGCGGGAACCGAGUGGCUGAAGCAGAUUGAGAAUAAGCUGCCACCGCAACCCGGCCUUGCCUCCAUGCGUCGCUGGCGGUCAACCUACCGACUACUUCGACAACUGCCCCGACCUUUGGCGCAUCAAGCGCAUGCGUAUCGACUACAGGGAAGCAUGGGCAUCAUAGUAUUCAGUGUUGGUCAACCCAUCACCAUGCUUCCGCCAGACUUCAAGCGGAGGAACCCGCUCAGGGUGCGACCUUUCCAAGACUUCGAUGACGCCGCCCCACCGCCAUCCAAUGCUCGAAACAGGCUCUUGAACAUGGUUCAUGAGACUGGAGGGUUUAACCCAACUUGGAGGAGAAAGAAGGUUGAGGAAUGCAUCGCCCCUAAAGAAGAUGACGAACAGAAGCCUUCGAAGAGGAAGCGCAAGAACGGAAGACGAAGGAGGCAAAGGACGGCCCUCGAGAGAUUGCAGGCAGGCCUUCAUGGAACCAUUGUGGCAUACGGCAUGGGUAUUGGCAAGACGCUGGUAGCCGUAGGAUUGUACGCCGUCUUGAAGCAAGACUUCGCCAUGCAUGGGCGUGAUUGGUCCUUGAUUGACAAGACAACUUUGGACGAAGGGCAUGAUUUGCAUGAGUUUGACCGCAAGGUGAGCAUACAAAUAGGGUUUCUGAUCGUUGUCCAAGUCGAUCUCAUUCCCUUAUGGGAGAAGGAGCUCCAGUUGUGGUACCACUCCACUGCGCAUACUGCAGACGAGCUUGCUGUAGUUGAUGUGGUAGUAACAUCCUAUGAGACGUUACGGUCAGACUACGAAGAUGCUAUGGCCGCUGCAGCGUCGCACGAAGACUUCUUCAAGACACCGGUUCUCGCACGUUGCCCCACUAUGGUUAUAUACUGGAGGGGCCAAAUCUUGGACGAGGCACAUAAGAUCGCAAACGACAAGACUGGUGUCAACAAGGCUGUAAAUCGCGUUUGA